AUGCGUCUGCUCGAGGUUGCCCAGGUGCCUUCCGAGCAUGUCGAGGACUUCAAGUCCAUCCAAAACUUCCAGAAGCGCUUCAAGAAGAUCCCCAAGAUCCUUGAGCUUGACCACUUGACUGUCACAGGCGACGUCUACUUUGGGCGCAAUGUGACAUUGCGCGGGACCGUCAUCGUCGUCGCCAACGAGGGCCAGCGUAUCGACAUUCCUGACGGUUGUAUUCUGGAGAACCGCCUGUUGUCCGGAAACUUGAACAUGAUUGAACUCUAAUUACUUUGAUACCCACGCGAGGAAUAAUUGACUUUUGGUGGAAAGUAGAUGUGAUCCGGUAGAAAGAAUGGACUUUUUUUUGCACGCAAUAUACCAAUCACAGAUCCUGCCGAAUCGAUCACCGGCUGUCGUAAAAGCAACGUGAAUGGAAGGGACUUG